ACAAAGGCUAAAAGCUGAGAAAACGUGAACCGAGACUUAAAAUACGAAACACACUAUGCUGUGUUGCCGGUUGUAAUCGUUGGCUAUUGAACACCUAUCGAAAGCUAAUCGAAAGAAAAUAUGGAAAAUAUCGUUUUUCGUUUAUCGAUUUCUCUCGGGCAGUGAGGUGAGGUUAUGCAAGGUUAUGUUUGGGCCAUACUUGUGUCUUGUGUAAAUGAAAGUGAACAGUAUUUUUCGUGAUAUUCUCACGUGUCGGAAAAUUCGCCGAGAAAAGUUAGGAAAAGUGUUUGAGGUAGAGUCCCUUGUUUGAGGAGAUUCUGCCAAAGAAGUCCUCUAAAAGUGAUUAUCAUUGCCAGUAUGCUCGUUCAUUUGAACAGUGAAAAAUGAUCUUGGAAGAUGAGACCUUCGUUUAUCUAAUUAAGCCUACCUAACCAGAUAGUAUUUUCUAACAACUCAAAAAAAAAAAAAAAAGGUAUUUUUCGUUUAAUAAAGAAAGACUUUUAAGGGUCAUCCAUCGCAUUCAUCAGUGCAAUUUCCUCUAAUAAGGAGCCAUACUUUUGUAGUUGAAAGUUCGUGCCGUCUAUGAAGAAUCAGAGCCUCAGCCACACACUCAAUCAAUGUGAAACAUGGAAUCGCUUGCUAGUACCCGAGACGAGUUUGGCCUCUUUGGGCUGAAAGUCAUAGAAGAACUAACAAAAGGAGAGGGUCAUGCAGAAAGUACCAAUCACGCUGCUCUAGUUGUUUCUGUGAGAAAAUUGGAGAGGUAUCAUGGAAUGUUGCAACGGAUGAUACCCGUUGUAGAAAAUGAACUUGCAGAUCAUCUAAUUGAAUUGUCUGAUGUAGUAACAGAGUUCAUCAGGGAAAACAAUUUUGAUCAACCAGAAGAAAGCGAAAAUGAAAGAUUGAAUCGCUUCUUAUUAGGAGAGUCCUCGUCUCGUGGUGGGAGGCCUGAAAUAUUACUGUCCGCUGAAGAAAUGACCGCAUGCAGAAAUACAGGAAUGACGUGGACGUCCAUGGCAAAUUAUUUUGGUGUGUCAAAAAGUACCAUUUUUCGCAACAAAUGGAAAGUACAAGAAGACGUGCAUGUAAGUGACGAGGAUCUUCUUCAAUGUGUUGCUCACUGUAAAGCAGAAAUACGAGGCUGUGGUGAAAGGUAUAUUGAUGGCCAUCUCAGAGCUGCAGGGAAAAAAGCUUCUCGGAGAAGAAUCCGAUUAGCUCUACGUUUUGUUGAUCCCAUUGGAACAGUUUUCAGGCAGCGGUUCAAAACUCAACGACGAGAGUACCAUGUGAAAGGCCCUAUGUACUUAGUACACAUGGAUGGCAAUGAAAAGAUGCAGUCUGUUGGUCUUUAUGUGCAUGGUCUAAUUGAUGGAUACAGUAGGAAGGUCAUGUACAUAUUUGUUUCUUCUAAUAAGAGGUCUGGAACUGUCAUGAAAGUAUUUCGCGAGUUUGUCAGGAAGUAUGGGUUUCCAAAAAUAGUGAGAAGUGAUAAAGGUGGGGAAAAUGUCAAAGUAGCAGAGUUCAUCCUCAGUCAUAGAGGGCUUUCAGAAACCUCUUUUAUCACAGGCAAGUCAGUGCACAAUAUCAGAAUUGAGAGGUUUUGGGGAGAAGUAAAUAGAAUUUCAGUUAAUUACAGAGAUUUGUUUUUGCAAAUGUCGAUAGAAGGCACUUUGAAUCUAGAUGACCCACUACAUAUGUACGCCUUACAUUAUGUUUUCAUUCCAAGGAUUCAAUGGAGCCUCAAUAGUUUUAGAAGAUGUUGGAAUUUCCAUAGAAUCCGAACAGCUCAUAAUAAAACUCCAGAAGAGCUUUUCCUAACGGGCACUCAUCCAGAGGUUUCCCUAGUUGAUGAGGAUAUAGGUGAAAAUGAAGCUGACCCUAAUGAGUAUGAAGCUGAAUUUUCUGUUUUUUCUUCAUUCGCCGAAAUGAUAAUUCCUAAUCCCUUACAUGGUGACGGAGAAGAAAACUUCAUUACCCUUAUCAAUGCUAUUGAAGCAGAAAGGAACUCUCUGUAAAUAAUUCUAUCAGACCACAAAAAGAACACUUUUUCUGCUGUAAAAGAGAUCUAAAUAAUUAUUCUCUGAUUCCCUGAAACUACUAUUACACUUCACUAUUGAUCAUUUAAGUUGCCUUUUACUGAAAAAUGUAUAACUGUCCUUCAUUUUUCAGUGUUAAAACUAAAAAAGAAUGCUUUUAAUACAAUUUAAAUCUGACUUUUUACCCUUAUAAAUCUACUGGCCUAGCGCACAAUCCCAAAUGAGUGUAGACAUCAGGUUCAAGCGUUUGAUCCCAGAAUCAUCAGUAAUGAGUCUAGAAAAAAUAGCCUUAUUCACCAUAGGACGUGAUUUCGGCAUGUCAAACUUUUCUACUAAUUAGAAGUUAAACAAACCGGUAGUUUAACCAUAAUCUGUUUUCUGUUAUGUAUAAAUCUUUCUUGUUAACUAAAUAUUAUGGAAGUAAGGCCUUCCAACCAACAUUAUGGUUAUUCCCCUCAGCUCCAAGUUUUAUACACUAGAAUAUGGGCUCCUCGAAAAAAGAAAAUUUUAUUUUCCUCUUGAAAAAAUAGCCUUGUUCACCCUAGGACAUGAAUUCGGCAUGUCAAACUUCUCUACUAAUUAGAAGUAAAACCAGCCUGUCAUUUAACCAUAAUCUGUUAUAAAUAAAUCGUUCUUGGUAACUAAGUAUUAUGGAAUUAAGGUCUUUCAACCAGCAGUAUGGUUAUUCCCCCAAUCUCCAAGUUUUACACAGUAGAUUAUGGGCUCCUUGAAAAAAGAAAACUUUAUUUUCCUCCUGAUAUCCUAACUCUGUGAUCUGACCUCACACCCCACAUUAAUGUAAAUGCAACCUACAUGGAACAAUUUGAAAUUAACUUUCAUGUUUCCUAAGUAUCAGACACUUCUGUGAAUUGUCUUUAAACUACAUAUUUUUAAAUUUUGCUCUAUUGAUUUUUGUUUUAUUUUGUUCCUCUAUUCCUGUUACAAUUUAUACAAAAGAAACAAAUAAUCCCAAAACCUUAGUUUCAUUAAGCAAUUUCAAAAGGACAAAAUUCUACAUCAUCAAUCAAUUUGGAGUUUAUAACCUCAUCUUUACUGUGGACCAUCAUACUACUGUGCCUAAGAAACAAUUUUAAAUUCACAAUCUUAUUUUUUAUUAAUUAAAUUUUCUUGUGAAUUACAGCUAAAUAAAAUGCCCCAUAUCUUCUGUGUUUUACCUAUUCCUUCAA